UUCGCAACGUUUUGAACUGAAACUGGAACUGGGACGUAAAAGAUGCAAACUGGACCCAGUUCAAGGUUGCCAUGGUUGCAGGAGAUCCCAUGCAGGAUGGGUACAUUUGUGACCCUGGCAGAAGUGUUGGAGGCUCGGGGUUCACCACUGGACGAGGAUGAGGUCUGGUGUCUGCUGCUUGCCAGCACUGAAGCCUUACUGGACAUUUCAAAAGAAGGUUCAGGUAACAUGUGCAAUGUGCUGAGCCCAGGCUCUGUGCUACUGUCAGCCAAUGGCAGUCUGGCCUUUAAAAGCUGUGCCAGAUAUGAAGACGUGGCCUCCUUCACGGCACCUGAAGCUCAGCAGAGUCACACGCCCUCCUCCAGGACGGCAGUUGAAAAGAUGGUUGUGUACUCUCUUGGGAUGACUCUUUAUUGGUGUGUUGAUUAUCGUCUGCCUCAAAACCAGCCUGUCCAGCUGAGUGCAGAGCUAGAGGGUUUGCUGCUCAGCAUGUGUGAGGAUGUGGUGGUCCGGCGAAAUGACCUGCUGACGGUGCUGGAAACCUGUGAGCUUCACCAUAAGGUCGCGAUGUUGCCUCCUGCUGAGCAGCUGGUCAGACAGCUGGUAGAAGAUGUCUACAGAAACUCAGUGGAUCAUGUGUCAGUGUCUGAGAAUGGAUCCCCGCUAACAGAUCGCAGUCAAAUUGUCAGAGACAAAUUGCACAGGGCCUCAUUUAGUAACUCAACAUGGGCUUCGAAGAGGAUCUCUCGAACAUUUUCAGGAGCAUCUUACACAUGUGAACCCAUACGGAUCCCCUCUUCAAGUCGUCACAGAGAGACUUACAGCAGCUGGCAGCAGCUGAGUCGGAGCCCCUGCAGUCCUUUCCUGGAUAGCAAUCGAAAUUCCAGCACAAGACCGCUCACACAGUAUGGUUCCACUGCGACUCUGUCUGACAAGAAAUCAAAAGAACUGGGCCCAGAAUUCAUUAGGAUGCUAGAUGAGCCUCAGGUUGUCCUAGAACUGCCUGGAUCCAUUGUGUCAAAGAAAGGAAAAUCUCCAACCACUCAGAGGGAACUGAGUGUGGUGAUGCCGAAUGGUCAGAGCAUCCUGGUCAAGUGUGAGGUGAAAUCCAGAGGAGGGGACGUCUUUGACAUGAUUGUUGCUCACUCCAACCUGAUGGAACAUUUCUACUUUGGCCUUGCUUAUAUUGAUGAUAAUGAAUUUUUCUUUGUGGACAAUGAUACCAAGAUUUCCAAAGUUGCUCCAGAUAGCUGGAAAAAAGUGCCUACAACCACCUUUGUCCUUUUCUUUAGGAUUAAAUUCUUUGUUAAUGACAUUUCUCUUCUUUUGCACAAACAAACCCGUCACCAGUAUUACCUUCAGCUCAGGAGAGACCUUAUAGAAGACAGACUGUCCUGCCAUGAGGAGACGGCUCUUUUUCUGGGAGGUCUGGCUCUGCAGACGGAGUAUGGAGACAUCAUGCCUGAGGUUUACGGUCGGAACUACUACCGCCCUGACCAGUAUGUCUCCAAGAGUGUGAUGGAGAAACGUGCCUUGCCAUAUAUUCAGGGGGAGCUGCUACGACUUCACACCAACAAUUCUCAGAUGCUUCCUGAUGAAUCGGAGCUCGAGUUCCUCAAGGUGUGUCAGCAGUUGCCUGAAUACGGUGUGUUUUUCCACCGUGUGAUUCGUGAGAAAAAGCCUUCAGAAGGGGAGAUAAUCCUCGGUGUUUGUGCCAAAGGAGUCACCAUCUACGAGGUUAAAGAUGGCUGCCGGUCAACCAGCCAGAAUUUCUUCUGGAGGGAGACUUCGACUAUCUCAUCAAGUCGCCGUAAAUUUAUAAUAGAGAGCAGAGGCAGCAAUAAGAAGUACACCUUCAUCGCAGAGAGGUCAAAGAUUGCAAAAUAUUUGUGCAACCUUUGUUCAGCCCAACACAAGUUCAACAAUGAGAUGAACUCUCGCCAACUCAGCCACAGCCUGGUCUCAGAGGAGAACAUUGUCCAGUAUUCUGCAGUGUGUCGGGCUCAGAGUGGCCGACCCAAGUCCUUCUCUUGUUCCGAGACGCCUCAGGACGACAGCGGUCUCACCACACCUCAAGAUGAGUCCCUGACCAAGUUGUGUGAUGAUGUUGCAGCGAGGAUCGAGGCCCGAAUUAAACAGCAGCGCCAGAGCCUCAAUGAACAGAGCACCUGUUCCAGCAGUCAGCGCAGCAGCCUUGGUAUGCGUUCCCCAUCAUGCUCUCAAAAGAGCGGAUCUGAAGCACCUUCAGGCUCCCCAGCAGCCAGAGACACUCCAACAAAAUUCAUGUCGACGUCAGAGAGAGAAGUGAUCUGUGUGUCUCUGAGGAAAGACCCAAAGCUUGGCCUUGGUAUAGUUAUAGUGGGAGAAGACACAGUGGGGCAUUACGACUUGGGAAUCUUUGUUGCUUCUAUUGUGCCUGGUGGACCUGCAGAUAAAGAUGGACGCAUCAGACCAGGUGGUCGCCUGAUCUCUCUGAACCACAUCAGCCUGGAGGGUGUCACUUUCAGUGAGGCAGCAGAGGUCAUGCAGAGCAGCCCCGAGGAGGUGCAGCUCAUUAUCUCACAGCCAAAAGCCCGCCUCAGCCCUAUCGGUGUGCGAUCUUCAGUGAUAAGGAACUAUGAGUCCCAGAGUACACUGUUGGCAGAUGGACGAUUGGGAGAUGAUUGCCUGGAUGAGAUUGUUUCAGUCAUGAUGACACCAAAGACCAGCAACAGGCUUUCUGUCCCCCGAGAAGUACGCGCCCUUGGUGCACAGGUAUGUUGCUUACAGGACAGCCCUCUGAACUGUGGGAGGAUGGAGGAGAUCUCUGUUGAGCUCAGGAAGAUAUCAGGAAGUCUGGGCAUCAGCAUCUCUGGUGGUAGCAACACUAAUCUACAAGGGAUCUACAUCAGAAGCCUUGUUCCAGGAGGAGCUGCUGAGAGAGAUGGACGCAUACAUACAGGUGACAGACUACUGGAGGUGGAUGGGAUUAGCUUCCAGGGCUUCACCCAUCAACAGGCUGUCAGCUGUCUGAGCAAAACAGGGGAGGUGGUAACCUUGACCGUGGAGCGACAUGCAACAAACAUACCCAGGGUUUCUUUAGAUACCAGCAGCAUUGGAUCCAGUCAGGGCAUCCGUCCUGCUACAAACCGGCUAAGGACCAACAGCUGCUGCUCCUCCAUCAGUCCUCCUCCUCCUUCAAACAUGAACUCUGAGCAUCCCAGGGUCUACAGCUUUGUCAAUGAUGACAACACUCAGGAAGUGACUCUGACUAAGAGCGCCAACGGCCUGGGCUUCAGCUUUCUAAUGUGCGAGCUGGAUCCGCCCACACGAGACUUUGGCCGCCUGGUCCGGAUAAAGGAGCUUUUCCCAGACCAGCCUGCGCAGCAGAGCGGCAGGAUCCAGGAGGGAGACGUCCUGUUGGCCAUCAAUGGCGAGUCACUCAAGGAGAUGUCCUAUCCUAAGGUGCUAAAGCUGUUCAAGAAUUCGCCUCCAGAGGUUCGUCUGACUCUGUGUCGGCCUGCACCAGGGAUCCUUCCAUCCAUUGAUCAGUUUAAUGGUACAUGAAUGUUAUCACCGUGUUGAUAAGCACCAUAAUCAAUGGAUUUUGAGGAGCAACUCUGUGCCCCUUGAUCAGUCAGGACAUGGUGAUGCAGACCAGGGCACGAUGAGUGAUGAUAUUAUCGAUGGACUCCAAACCCACAGAAAGGCCAGCUGAAGGACAACUGAAAGACUGAAUUCGCAUAUAGGCUGGUGGCCGGACUUGAAAGACGUUAUGGAGGAAAUCCUAAAGAAACAUUUUAAGCCACCAAAAGAAGAGGACGACUGAAAUAAACUGUGGCAUACUUAUUGGAAUGAAG